AUGGAUUUCGCCAGAAGGUUGCAUACAACAAAACAAGACGAUGUCGGGAUAGAGAAACAUAGGAGACCAUUGGAACUGGAGAGAAGAUUUAAAGAAGGUGGACAAGAAAGCAUGGGGGGCAAGGAGAGUGACAUAUUGCACCAGGAGUUCAAUACAGUAUUGAAAAGGGAAUACUUGUGGAGAAAUUGUGGGUGUGAAAGGAGGAUGAAAGACGAGAAAGGCGAAGAAGAUGAUGGCGAAUGUUUUGAAAUGAAGCAAGGGGAGAAAAGGAGAGAAUUGAAGUUUCUACAAGUUGAUCUAAGAUUCAAGAAAGUUUUUAAUGGUAGAAAUGACAGCACCCUCUCGAGAAGUUCCUCCGGUAGCCGGCUCCAUAUUCCGGGAUCCAUAUCUAUUGAAAUCUUGUUAUGA